AUGCAAAAGCGCACACGGGAACAUCAAUCUGGAUAUUCUGCACUUUGCCCAAAGGCUACAAGGUUUUAUAAAAUGGAGCACACAUCACAAUCUUUGAACUUUAACAACAAUACCGCGACAGCGAUGACGAGGACGAGCAAGACAGAAAAAGGUGCCGCGGAGAUGCCCACAGUGGAGGCAGCUACCGCUACCCCAUCCUCCUACGUCGUUGACUCCAAGUUUCUUGACAAGCAAAGUCGCACAAUUGGCACCUAUGGACUGGAGACAAUGGUAAAGCUCAUUUCUUUCAAGGUGCUCAUUGUCGGCUGCGGCGGUGUUGGAAUUGAGGCAGCAAAGAAUCUAUCCAUGGCUGGGGUUCAUACAAUCAUCCUGUGUGACCCGGCAAAGUCCACACCAAAAGAUAUGGGCGUUAACUUUGCGGUCACCGAGGCAGCACUGCGUGCUGGUCUCACCCGAGCCGAGGCGUCACAGCGGAUGAUUGCUGAAUUGAACCCAAACGUUCGUGUGCGGGUCGUGGACACCCUCAGCGAGGCAGUGGUCAGUCAAGUCAAUGCCCUCGUCUUCACAUCUGCUGCCCCUGAGUAUUCCUUGAAGACCCUCACGAAGUGGAAUCAGUUUUGUCACUCCCAGACAUCACCUAUAUCAUUUAUUUUUUCCUUUCAAGGUGGCGCGCUCGGGUCCGUCUUUGCCGAUCACGGCGCUCGCUUUACUGUAAAAGACCCGGAUGGUCGCCCACUGCUUCAGAAGUCUGUGGUGGAGGUCCUCACGAAGCAGGACAAGACAGGGACGCCCUACACGCGUGUCCGCUAUGAAACGCCCGAGGGUCAAACCCCUGGUGCGCUCCGGGACUACACCAAGGUGAAAUUUACGGAGGUGCGAGGAUUGCGUAAGUCAAAUGGAGAAAGCGUGAAUGAAUGUGUCUUUAACGGCGUGGUGUGCCCUAACGAUCCCCAUGAUACGGUGCGCAUAUACCCGUCCCUUGAGAGUCAGGGUUACUCUGCGUAUGAGACCGGUGGUUUCAUACAUGAACUGAAGGAGGUAUUUCAACUGGAAUUCAAAACACUUAAUGAGGCCGUUGUGUGUCCUGGUCAAUUUGUUCCUGUCGGUUCCAUGAUGGAUGGAUCGGAGGAGUCGCAGUGGCAUCUCUUUUUGUGUGCGUUACUAAGGUUUGUGGAUAAACACGGAAGGCCUCCGAAACUACAUGAUGGGAAAGAAGCAGAGGAGGUGUUGUCUUGGGCCCAUACCAUUAAUGCAAAAAACAAGGCAGCAAAGGAAAAAAUUAAGAUUCCAGAGCACCAGUUGUUUUUGGAACCAGAAAGAGAGGAGUUCCCUCCACGCCCUGCUCCCCCACCGUCGCUACAUGUGCCACUCAGUGUGGACCAUGUGGAUGAGUCUUUUAUUCGCACCCAGGCGCUUGUUUCCGAUGCGGAGCUUCAACCUUUGUGCGCCUUUUUUGGGGCUAUUGUGGCUCAAGAAAUUGUGAAAAUAACAGGGAAGUACACACCUAUUUGUCAAUGGUUUCACUUCAGCUGUGCCCCCAUCCUUGCAAGCAGUGCGCUGUACAUGAAUUCGGAUGACUACAAGCCAUGUAACUCGCGUUACGAUCACCUGAUUGCUCUGCUUGGUAAAACGUUUCAGGAGAGGCUGGGAAAUCUCCGCAUAUUUAUGGUUGGUUGUGGUGCGCUGGGAUGUGAGAACAUCAAAAACUUUGCUCUAUGUGGAUUGGCAUGUGGACCACAUGGUUCACUCCUUGUAACUGAUAAUGACCGUAUUGAGGUAUCGAACCUCAGUCGACAGUUUCUCUUCCGCGAGGAAAAUGUUGGGCAGCCCAAGUCUGUUGCGGCAGCAGCACGAAUGCGCGCCAUGAACAAGAGCGCCGUUAUUGAUCCUCGUCAGGACCAUAUUGGCGCAAACACGGAGCACUUAUAUCACGAUGUCUUUUGGAGCGGACUGGAUGUUGUGGUGAAUGCUCUUGACAACAUGGAGGCAAGGUUGUACGUGGAUCAGCAAUGCGUGAAGUUUCGCAAGAUUCUUGUGGAGGCUGGAACGAUGGGAACAGGCGGCAAUGUUGAUAUCAUCGUUCCAGGCAAAACCACAUCCUACGCGGAUGGUGGCGCGGCAGACGCCUCUGGUGGUAUUCCCAUGUGCACUCUACGCAAUUUUCCCUACAUCUUUGAUCACUGCAUCGAGUGGUCCCGGGCCCAGUUUGAUGACCUUUUUGUGUCUCCGAUGCAGACGGUGGGACAGCUCUUGGAGGACCCUAGUGCCUUUAAACAACGAGUAAAACGAGAAAUUGACGCGGCCGAAAGCCCAGGAGAGCGCCUUAGUUUGGUGGAAAAAAACCUUGGUAUUUUGCAUAUGCUGCAAAAAGUACUUGCCGUUCUUUCUACCGGAGUUGACAUGGAAAAAUGCUUUCAAUGUGCGUGGGAGGUGAUGUUCCACCUGUUCCGGGAUCGUAUUAUGGACCUGCAGCGUUCCUUCCCGCGGAAUGCCAAGAAAAAGAACGGGGACGACUUUUGGUCUGGCCACCGUAAAUACCCAACGGCGCUGAACGUUGACCCGGCAAGCAUAACGUCCAACAAGGACGCCGUUGAGUUCAUCAUUGCCGCCGCCAAUUUGUUUGCAUGCAUGUACGGUGUGCACCCGCCCAAGCAUGAGCCCCGCUUCAACGAUGAAAACAACCGUUGGAUGCAGCAGUAUCGCUCUCCGGAGUGGCUAAACAAAAUGAUUGCGAAGCGUGUAGUACCAGUGUAUCACCCUGGCACUCUGGAGGGCCUUGAUGAUGAUCUCAUGGACGCUGCGGAGGUAGAUAAUGCGGCCAAUACGGAGGGAACGAAGGAGGAACAGCUGCAGCACGUACUUCACAAUAUUGUCAGUGUGGCGGAGCGUUGUCGCAAGACAAGGGCCGUUCCACUGGAGUUUGAAAAGGAUGAUGAUGAUAACUUUCAUAUUGACUUUGUGGCUGCCGCGAGCAAUCUUCGUGCAUCAAACUAUAAUAUUCCGACGCAGGAUCGAAUGAAAGUAAAACUGGUUGCAGGAAAGAUUAUUCCAGCCAUUGCAACAACGACCGCGGCUGUUACGGGGCUCGCGCUUAUCGAGUAUUUCAAGGCUCUUCAGGAGAAGGACAUCUCAUUUCUCCGCAACGGAAUGAUUGACGUGGGGACAAACAACUAUGUGCUCUUUGAGCGUGACACACCCAUUAAGAACCGAACCAAGGUCAUCAGCACAUACCUCUCUGAGCAAGACUACACGUACAAAAAGAAGGUUAUUCGUGUGCCGGACGGUUUCACGAAGUAUGAUUCUAUUGAUGUGUUCCUGACGACAAAUACAACCGUGCAAGAGUUUGUCACAAUGCUUGAGAAACAACUGAAUGCUGCUCUAUCGGCAGGCACAAAAGGUUUGUGUGAGGUGAUUGGUAUUGGCGUCGGCAAAGGUAUGCUGUGGAACGGAUCGAAGAGGCAUGCCAACACAAACCUCCCGCUCAUGCAAUUGAUUGAGCGGCAGAAAGUGGUUGAGGCGGGCGGGAAACUCCCGCGGCCGUUUUGGAAGAACCGCACGCAGUUCUGUGAGCUUGUCGUAACGGUGUCGUUGGAUGACGAGGAUACAAGCGUGGAUGAAACGGAGGUGGAGACUGCCAUGAUUCGUCUAUGCAUCACGCAGUAA